AUGGCACCGCCGCCGGCUACCCCAACGCCCCAUCGUUUCCUCGUACCGAAGCGCUCCCAGCCCAAGACAGAGACGCCGAAGGCGUUCCAAAGCGGUGGUCAGCAGUUCCAGAACACGCCGCGGUUCUCCCUUCACUCGACGCCUAGGGGACCGCCGGGAGGGGGAGGAGGUGCAGGGCCAUCUUCCAGCAUCCCGACGCCGGGCCCGGCUCGAUCCGGAGCCCCGUCGUUCAUCCGUCCGACGCCCCGGGCCACGGACCCGAUUCACGAUGUCAUUGAUAGCUCGCCGCCCUUCGUUGAGCGAGCUGGUGGUGAUGAGAGUAGUGGGCACCGGGGUGAUCCGAUCGAGGUUUUCGAUGUAGACACCGACGACGACGCCGUGCCCGAGUCCUCGCCAAUUGGAGUCGAAAGUGAUAUUAAUGACUAUGAGCAUAACUACUACCGUGAGGAGAGCAGCGAAAGCGAAGCAGACAUGAGACACCGCUCUCCGAAACGCCGCCGCAUAUCCAUAUCCUCGGACUUCAGCUCCGACACGCACGCGUCUCCACAGCAUCAUCUCGACCACGACCGCGACCACGACCUACCCAUGCACGGCGCAGACGCAACGCAACGCCCUCUCCUCCUAGACCCCUCCUCCUCACAACCCCUCUCCCCCGUGACGAUAAACCCGCGCUCCCCAGCCUCCGCCCAGCAACAGCCCACCUUCCUCAAGGCGCCGCGCUUCAAGCCCGCGGAAGCGUCCCCGGAAGAGCUCCUUCACGGCAGAGGAGGAGCCGCCGAUCCGCUACCCGACGCGUUUUCGCCGCACCGCGGCAAACGUGGGGGUAAAGGCGCCAAGUACGCGCCCGGCGGCCUCGCGGCAGAGGUCCGCGACUGGUUCGUCGACGCGUGGGCCGGCGCUAGCGUCGCGGCCGAGGCGGCGGCUAGGCGGGCUGGUGGUGAUGGGGGUGCGGGUUGGGGUGGGAAUGGGGAGUGGGUUGCGAGGAUUAGGGUUGAGGAGGUUAGGGAGGCGCCGGGGAUGGCGCUCGUUGUUGGGCGGAGCAUUGGGGUUGAGGGGGGUCGCGGGAAGGGUGGCGAUGGCGAUGAGGAUGGUGGUGGUGGGAAUGGCGUUGAGAGGGGAGAUACACGAAUGAGAAGUGUGAGGAUGGUGCUUGCUGGGAGUCCGAGGAUUACCGGGUUAGAGAAGAGACAGGAUGUACGUCCUGGUGUGGUGGUAUGUGUGGGAAGACCGACCUGGGAAAUUUCACUUCCGGAGCAGGGAAGGUGGAACGUUGUUUGUGAGUGGGCUAUCUUGCGUUGA